AUGUCUGACAAAAUUCUUGACUUGGAGGAGACCGCAACCCACACAGGUCCUAAAGGAGUUAUCAAUGACUGGAGGAGGUUUAAGUUGGAAAGCAUGGAACAGGAAAACUUGCCACCUGCAAAAAGGGAACUGCUGAGACAGAUGUCGACCCCAGGCGGGCCAAAAGACGACACCAGAGGAAAUCUCAAUCGCAAGAUGAGUGUCCAAGAGUAUGAACUGCUAAAGGAGGAGGACGAAGGAUGUCUGAAGAAAUACAGACGGCGAUGCAUGCAGGAGAUGCAUGAUAAACUCAGCUUUGGGCCCAAGUUUGAAGGUGUGCAUGACCUGGACAGUGGAGAGGCAUUCCUACAAGUCAUUGAGAAGGAGCACCACACCACAGUGGUGGUGGUCCACAUCUAUAAGGUUGGGAUCAAAGGUUGUGAGGAGCUCAACAACUGCCUUGACUGCCUGGCCACUGAGUAUCCCACUGUAAAAUUCUGCAGGAUUGAUGCUGUUGCAUCUGGUGCUUCGGAGCGGUUCUCAGAUGAGGUUUUGCCUACACUACUGGUCUACAAAGCUGGAGAACUACUGGGAAACUUCCUGGCCUGCACACAGAACCUAACUGAGGAGUUCUUUGCUACUGAUGUGGAGGCCUUCCUCAACAGCUAUGGCCUGCUGCCAGAGAAAGAGAUGCCUAUGUUGGAAGAUGAAGAAGAAAACGAUGUAGAGUAA